CUUCUCUUCUUUCACCAACAUUACCGGAGACUCAAAAACCGGUCGGCCGAGGGGUUUGGAAGUCUCUGUCCGUCUCGGUCUCUCGUGCAUAUAUCGGCGCGAUGAUGCAGCCGUUCUUCGCGAUAUCGUUGUUGCAUGUGAGUGCCGUCCGUCAAUUUAGUGUUGACGCCGUCGUUGUGGUGCUAGGCACUAAUGAUGGUCCAGAGCGGACGUCAAGAUGCUUAUCUGCUCGUCCUCUCUUUCUGUUGAAUAGUACAAGUGUACUCGAAUCAUCAAUUGUGCUCUGAAGAAGCCUUUGAAGUGUAUGGCAAUCACUGUCUUUUAAAUUGACUUCCACACAUUGGCAACUCACCCACCAUCCUCACAAUGCCCGAACCCGAAACCACCACCACCACCACCACCACAGUCACAGGCCGCCUGCGCAAAGCCUCCAUCACAGCCGCCGAUGCGAUCCUGAACUUCAACCCCCAACCCGGAAUGUGGGCAGCGACCGGGACAGCCAUCGCCUAUGCCCCGACCCUGACCGAACUCCGCGAACCCCUCGCUGGCGGCGAAAACAUCGAGUUCAACGAACACGGCCAUUCCGCUCGCACGGUGAUGAAAGACGAGGGCGGGAUCCCGGUCCUCUCGCUCACCAGGACAGCGACAGCGACAGCGACGCAGGUCGUCCAGCCCGAGGAUCUGGAGAAGCAGGGCACGGGCACGGGGCCACCACAAAGGAGACAGACGUUGGCACAACAGGCUGAGACGGAGGAGAAACAUAAUUGGAAAGAAACGCUGGGAAACGGGUUCAAAGCCGCAUGGCGCUUCGUCUCCUCGCCUACGGGAUUCCUGAUGACGAUCUACGGACUGAACAUCGUAGCCUGGGGCGCGAUGCUAUUCUUCGUCCUACUGGGCGCCGCGCCAGCUAUGAACCACCCCAGCAAAGACGCGCUGAAUUCUCCGAGGAAGAAAUGGAUCGAGAUCGAUAGCCAGAUCCUGAAUGCGUUGUUCUGCGUAACGGGCUUCGGGCUGGCGCCGUGGCGGUUCCGGGAUCUGUAUUGGUUGAUCCGGGCGAGGCGGAUGCGGAAUCGGUAUGCGAUGAAGAGGUUAGCGGAGCAGAAUAAGGCGUGGUUUCGCCCGCCGGCGUGGUAUUUUGAUGGGGAGGGGGGAGAGGAGAGGGGGGUCACGUUUACGGGGGAGUAUGCGCCGGCGACGAGGAUGUGGAAGCUGGCGUUUGUGGUUUGGAUGAUGGUUUGGAAUACGCUUUUCCAAGCGGUGUUGGCGGCGAUGAUGUGGGGGUUUAAUCGUUUUAAUCGACCGACGUGGUCGACGGGGACGUUUAUUGGGUUGGGGUGUGGUGUGAGUUUGAUGGCGGGGUUGAUGAUGUGGUGGGAGGGACGGAAGGUCAAGAAGAUUGAGGGGCCGGCUGUGAAGAUUGUUGAGCGCGAGGCGCAGACGGGACACUUCAAGGGUGGUGGUGUGGCGGUAGGUGAGCGUCGUGAUGUAGGAGUCCGAGGUGGUGGUUAG